AUGGAUCAUCUGGACGAGGACAUCGCCAAGACGCAGGAGGAGCGGCGGCGGAUGGAGGAGCUCGCCUCCCUCACCGCCGUGACCUUCGACGCCGACCUAUAUGGCGGAACAGGCUCCGAUCGGUUCGAGGGUUACGUGAAGUCCAUCCCCGUCAACGAGGAGGACGAGGAGCAGGAGACCGAUGUCUCGGAGAUCGCCAAAAGGAUGGCCUCCUACACGGGGCCGAAGGUGAAGGAGCUGAUUCCGAGGGGUUCCGAGGCGGACGAAGACAUAGGCUUCAAGAAGCCGCAGCGGAUUAUUGACCGGGAGGACGAUUACAGGCGCAGGAGGCUCCAGCAGAUCAUAUCUCCAGAGAGGAAUGAUCCCUUCGCCUCUGGGGAGGCCACGCCGGAUGCCUCCGUGAGGACCUAUGCGGACGUCAUGCGUGAACAGGCGCUGGCCAAACAGAAGGAAGAAACUCUCAGGGCGAUCGCGAAGAAGAAGGAAGAGGAGAAGAGCAAAGUGGCGGCGGGGGAGGCGAUUCCUGCGCAGAAGAGGAGGAAUCGGUGGGAUCAAUCACAGGACAAGGAUGAGACCAGUGUGAAGAAGCCGAAGACAGCUCCAUCGUCAGAUUGGGAUGCGCCUGAUUCCACUCCGGGUGUCACGAGAUGGGACGCGACCCCCACACCGGGAAGGGCUGCUGCUGAUGCCACGCCGUCUGUAUCCCGACGCAACAGGUGGGACGAGACACCUACUCCUGGGCGGUUGGCAGAUGCUGAUGCAACUCCUGCGGCUGGUGGGGUUACUCCUGGGGCAACCCCUGCUGGAAUGACCUGGGAUGCCACUCCAAAGCUCGGCGGGCUUGCUACGCCAACCCCGAAGCGGCAGAGGUCAAGGUGGGAUGAGACUCCAGCUAGCAUGGGGAGUGCUACGCCGUUGCCUGGUGCCACACCUGCAGCUGCUUUUACCCCCGGUGUAACCCCAGUUGGUGGCAUCGACCUUGCGACACCAACACCUGGUGCAAUCAAUCUCCGCGGUGCCAUGACACCAGAGCAAUAUAAUCUACUAAGGUGGGAAAGAGACAUUGAGGAGAGGAAUCGCCCAUUGACUGACGAAGAGCUGGAUGCCAUGUUUCCCCAGGAAGGGUACAAGAUACUGGAUCCUCCGGCUUCAUAUGUCCCAAUCAGGACUCCAGCACGAAAGCUGCUGGCCACUCCAACCCCUCUCGGUACUCCACUUUAUGCCAUCCCAGAAGAGAACCGUGGUCAGCAGUUUGAUGUUCCAAAGGAGGCGCCUGGUGGGUUGCCAUUCAUGAAGCCAGAGGAUUACCAAUAUUUCGGCGCGCUUUUGAAUGAAGACGAUGAAGAGGAGCUAUCACCCGAGGAGCAGAAAGAAAGAAAGAUCAUGAAGCUGCUGCUUAAGGUGAAGAACGGCACACCCCCUCAGAGAAAAACGGCUCUGCGGCAGCUCACUGACAAGGCACGGGAGUUUGGGGCAGGUCCGCUCUUUAACAGGAUUUUGCCCCUGCUCAUGCAGCCAACUCUGGAAGAUCAGGAGCGGCAUCUUCUUGUUAAAGUCAUUGACAGGGUUUUGUAUAAGUUGGAUGAGCUAGUCAGGCCAUACGUGCAUAAGAUCCUUGUGGUGAUAGAGCCUUUGUUGAUUGACGAGGAUUACUAUGCUCGUGUGGAAGGCAGAGAGAUUAUUUCAAAUCUCAGCAAAGCAGCUGGGUUAGCUAGCAUGAUUGCAGCUAUGAGGCCUGACAUUGAUAAUAUUGAUGAGUACGUGAGGAAUACCACUGCAAGGGCUUUCAGUGUCGUGGCUUCUGCUUUGGGAAUCCCCACCCUUCUGCCUUUUCUGAAGGCUGUCUGCCAAAGCAAAAAAAGUUGGCAAGCUAGGCACACUGGAAUCAAAAUCGUGCAACAGAUUGCUAUUCUGAUGGGAUGUGCUGUCCUUCCGCACUUGAAGUCACUUGUGGAGAUUAUAGAACAUGGGCUUAAUGAUGAGAACCAAAAGGUGAGGACCAUUACUGCUCUCUCUCUGGCUGCAUUAGCCGAGGCUGCUGCUCCUUACGGAAUAGAAAGUUUUGAUUCAGUGUUGAGGCCUCUUUGGAAGGGCAUCCGUUCUCACCGGGGCAAGGUCUUAGCAGCAUUUUUGAAAGCUAUUGGUUUUAUCAUCCCCCUGAUGGAUGCCGCUUAUGCAAGUUACUAUACGAAGGAGGUGAUGUCUAUAUUGAUCCGUGAGUUCCAAUCACCUGAUGAGGAGAUGAAGAAGAUUGUGCUGAAGGUUGUGAAGCAGUGUGUGAGUACCGAAGGUGUGGAGUCUGACUACAUCAGAAGUGAUAUUCUCCCAGAGUUCUUCCGUAACUUCUGGGUUCGGAGGAUGGCACUGGACCGCAGAAACUACAGGCAGCUUGUGGACACCACCGUCGAGAUAGCAAACAAAGUAGGAGUUGCCGACAUUGUGGGUAGAAUAGUGGAGGACCUCAAGGAUGAGAGUGAACCGUAUAGAAGAAUGGUCAUGGAAACCAUCGAGAAGGUGGUCGCAAACUUGGGUGCCUCAGAUAUUGAUUCCCGUUUGGAGGAGUUAUUGAUUGAUGGAAUCCUCUAUGCAUUUCAAGAGCAGACUAGUGACGAUGCGAAUGUUAUGCUCAAUGGUUUUGGUGCUGUGGUGAAUGCCCUUGGCCAGAGGGUGAAGCCCUAUCUUCCCCAGAUCUGUGGUACCAUCAAGUGGCGCCUGAACAACAAGAGUGCCAAGGUAAGGCAGCAAGCAGCUGAUCUCAUAUCAAGAAUCGCUGUUAUUAUGAAGCAGUGCCACGAGGAGGCACUGAUGGGUCACUUGGGCGUCGUUCUCUACGAAUACUUGGGAGAAGAGUACCCGGAGGUGUUGGGCUCCAUCCUCGGAGCACUCAAGGCCAUUGUUAACGUGAUUGGUAUGACGAAGAUGACACCUCCAAUCAAGGAUCUGCUCCCUCGACUGACGCCCAUUCUGAAGAACAGGCACGAGAAGGUUCAGGAGAACUGCAUCGACCUCGUGGGCAGGAUUGCCGACCGUGGAGCUGAGUUUGUGCCCGCUAGAGAGUGGAUGAGGAUCUGCUUUGAGCUCCUGGAGAUGUUGAAGGCCCACAAAAAGGGGAUCAGGAGAGCCACCGUCAACACCUUUGGGUACAUUGCAAAGGCGAUCGGGCCCCAAGAUGUCUUGGCCACCCUCCUGAAUAAUCUGAAAGUCCAGGAGCGGCAGAACCGUGUCUGCACCACAGUCGCCAUUGCCAUCGUGGCCGAGACCUGCUCGCCAUUCACAGUUCUUCCAGCUCUGAUGAACGAGUAUCGUGUGCCGGAACUCAAUGUGCAGAACGGGGUCUUGAAGUCUCUCUCCUUUCUCUUCGAGUACAUCGGUGAAAUGGGGAAGGACUACAUAUACGCAGUGACCCCAUUGCUCGAAGAUGCUUUAAUGGAUCGGGACCUCGUCCACAGGCAGACUGCAGCUUCGGCCGUCAAGCACAUGGCUUUGGGGGUCGCUGGUCUCGGCUGCGAGGAUGCUCUCGUCCAUCUCCUCAACUACGUCUGGCCGAAUAUCUUCGAGACUUCUCCUCACGUCAUCAACGCCGUGAUGGAGGCCAUAGAGGGGAUGAGGGUGGCUCUCGGAGCGGCUGUCAUUCUCAACUACUGCCUUCAGGGCCUGUUCCACCCAGCUCGGAAGGUCAGAGAAGUCUACUGGAAGAUCUACAACUCCCUCUACAUCGGAGGCCAAGAUGCCCUCGUCGCCGCCUAUCCCACUCUCGAGGACGAAGAGAAUAACAUCUUCAGCCGCCCCGAGCUGGUCAUGUUCUGCUAA